UCGGAGUGACUCUUAUAGAUCCAUGUGAGAUUUAACCUAAAAAAAGCAGAAGAACGUUUAUUUUUCAUUUAAUUGACGGCAAAACAGAUUCAUUCAUUCACUAAAGGCUAUUUGUGAGAGAAACUCUCAUCAGUACCCUAUUAUUCCUGCAGGAGGAUAUUAUGAAUGAUAAACGCCGUCUUCACCGCUGGAGUCUGUCUGCAGACAGCAGUCCAUUCUGUGAUCAAACUACACAGAGAAUGGACAGAAACACUGUGUGCUCCGCUGAAGCCCACGACCUUGAUGUGAAUGAAAUGAUGGGGUCUUGUGUGAAGUGCACUGGUUCCGUUCACAGCUCAGAUCAGGCCUGUCAGGCUAUGGGUCAAAUAUUUCACACCAAAUGUUUCACCUGCUCUUUCUGCAACAAACAACUGAAGGGAAAGCCAUUUUAUUACUUUUCUGGAAGUGUGUUCUGCGAGGAGGAUUAUUUGUAUUCCAGCGUCAAACAGUUGGCAGAGGUCUGCACGUCCUGCGGAUAUUUAAUCUCAGAUACGAUGACCUCUGACCUUGUGCAGGUGAUCCAGGCUUUGGGGAAGUCUUUCCAUCCCGACUGUUUCCACUGUGUCAUCUGUAAAGAGAAGCUGGAGGGACAGCAGUUUAAUGUGGACACACAACAGAAGAUUUACUGUGUGAAAGAUUAUCGAAGGUUUGUGGCUCAGACAUGUGAAGCGUGUGGUCUGCUCAUUCUUCCCACCGAGGGUUCGAACGAGACUGUACGAGUGGUGUCCAUGGGAAGAAACUAUCACGUGACUUGUUAUGAAGACAAAAGCAACAUUUGAUUCAGACUAUGAAUGUUCAAAAUCUGCUUUAAAGAGAAACUUAAGA